UCACUCACUCACUGAGUCACUGUUCCAACAUAUAUUUCUUUACAACACCAUCUCUAUACUCUAUAUAAUUACCAACAAGACAAUAACUUUUGUUCUUCCAUAACCCAAUAAUUUUCUCUCUUUUUUUCCUCCAAAAACUUGGGUUUUCUUUCAUUUACAUCCAAGUCCUAAAAUACCCAAAAAAUUUCAUAAAAAAAGUGUUCCUAAAAGCUCAAAAGAUUUCAUAAAAAUAGAAAUGGAAACUGGGUUUUAUUCAGCAUGGGAGAAUGGUUCUUUAUUAGAAGAAGAUGGUGAUGAUGAACUGAUCCCUCAGCCAUUAACACCAAAGGAGCCAAUGGAGUUUUUAUCAAGAUCAUGGAGUUUAUCUACAUCAGAAAUCUCUAAAGCUCUUGCCCAGAAACACAAUCACUUUGAAUUUGAUCAUCAUAAUAAUGAUAAUAAGAAUCAAAGUUCAUUGUUUUCAGAAUCCUUUGAUGCACCACAAAUUGCAGGGAAAGGGAUGAACUCCAUUAAUGGUCGAAGAACAGGCACAAUCAGCAAAUGGUUUAAUCAUCACAAAGAAAUAGGAACCAACACAGUGAAGAAGAAAGACAAAAUACGUGCAGAAAACGCUCGGCUUCACUCCGCCGUUUCCAUCGCCGGAUUAGCGGCAGGUUUGGCCUCGGUAGCCGCCGCAGGGAACUCCAACGGCGGCGGCGCAGGCUCGAAAAUGAGCAUGGCAUUGGCAUCCGCUACUGAACUUCUGGCAUCCCAUUGCAUCGAGUUAGCUGAGCUAGCUGGGGCUGAUCACGACCGAGUUGCCUCAGUUGUGAAAUCAGCAGUGGAUAUUCAAAGUGCAGGUGAUUUGAUUACACUCACUGCAGCAGCUGCAACAGCAUUGAGAGGAGAAGCAGCUUUGAAGGCAAGAAUACCAAAAGAAGCAAAGAAGAAUUCAGCAAUAAGUCCAUAUGCAGAAACUCAAUGGUCUGAUGCUUUGCAUACUCAAAUGAAAGAGCAAAAUCCUCCUUGUCAAGGUGAACUAUUGCAACAUACAAGAAAAGGUGUGUUGAGAUGGAAACGGGUCAAUGUGUACAUCAACAAGAAAUCUCAGGUAAUAAUUAAGCUCAAAAGCAAACACGUUGGGGGAGCAUUCUCCAACAACAAUAAAUGUAUUGUUUAUGGAGUGUGUGAUGAGACAUCAGCAUGGCCAUAUAGAAAAGAAAGGGAAACUUCAGAUUCAGAGGAACUCUAUUUUGGUCUCAAAACAGGGCAGGGGCUGUUAGAAUUCAAGUGUAAAAGCAAAAUUGACAAGCAAAAAUGGGUGGAUGGGAUUCAAAAUCUACUACGACAAGUCUGCCAUGGUCAACCACCUGAGCUUUCUCUUGAAUCUUUGAGUAUUAACGAUGGUAUAUAGUUUUUGUAGUAUAUAGUUCAUCUUUGUUUGUGCAUACACAGUGAAUUUGGGGUUGUUGAAAUUAUGAACUUUUAUACAUGAAGAAUGAAAUAGGUUGAAUUCAGGUUGAAA